CGUCUCGGCCUGCUGAAUUCACAGUGAUCUUCACUUUAGCAGCUGUGCAGAGAAACCAUGCUGAAACCUUGUGGAUUAAGUGUCAUUAUCAUUCAACUUUCUUUGGCAGCAGGAAUGAAUGUUGAUUGGAGUGUUCAGAGGACUCCCUCCCGUUCUGAUCUAGGAAACCGGGCAUGUCUUCAGAGGACUCCACUAGGGUUUGACCCACUACAACCAGAUCCUGGGGACCCUGGAAAGUGGCCAAUUUAUACUUAUGGAAAUACCAGGUCGAAGCUAAUGUUUGCAAUCAAUACAAGAGUAGAAUUGUUGUUUAGAGAAUCUCAAAUGUUGUCUAAAUUGUGCCAGAUUAUCACUGAUUUCUCGAUUCCUUUCUUUCACGUACUGUGUUCCAUUAAUGAGACAAUACCUGCUUGUGGUGGAGGUAUUUGUCUCAUUAAGGAGGCUUUACCACUUCAUUUGACUUGGGUAGACAGUUUAACUUUUGGUUGUAACACAUUUGAGACAGAAAUGAGACAACACAUGAGCUUUGGGGAAAGAGAUCUUAGUAAAACACGUCAACAGACUAUAGUUAUUAUGGAAGAGGACCCAGCAGUGAUCAAGGCAGCUACCAGUCUCUUUGAGAGGCAUCUGACUGUAUCAACUUUGCUGAAGUACCAGAAGGGGGCUGUACAUUUGCUGAGGGGAAGCCAUUCCUUUUCCAAUAGAAAUCAUGAUGUCAUACUGGUUGGCCAUGGCAGCAAUGGAGCCAAUGGAACAGUCCAGCUUGCUGGUUAUGGCCCAGAAGAACUUGCCAGAUUUGUGUCAACCUUAACAACAUACAGCAUUUUUGGUCGUAUUGGCACCAUCAGCCUCCUCAGCUGCAACCUUGGAAAUGACCUGAACUUUAUGCGGCAGCUGCUACAAGUUCUCCAGUCUCUCAGCGUGGAAACUCAGCUACACUUACACAACUCCUUCCUGUCUGUUAGUUUUGAUGGACAAAUAAUGACCAGGACUAAUGGGGUCUGGAGGUCCCAUGACCACCGCAGAAGGGUUAUUGCUGAACUAGACGAAAGAGGUGAGCUGCUAGUUCAAGUGGAACUUGGCUGUGCAGGGCCAGUGUUUUCUGAUUAUGAAGGAAAUCUGUUGUAUUUCCAGACACUGGAGUGGCCUCGUCACCCUCAAAUGUUUGUUCCAAUGGAGCUGCGGAAAAAGUACCCUUCCAUAGAUUGCCUGGAGGGGCUCACUUGGAGCUUGUUCUUUGAGGAGAAUGAAAGAAGGCGUGCUCCUAAUUACGUCCCAGACAAAACCCUCCAGAUAAUAAUUUGGCUUACAGAGCCAGGACCAGAAGAAAACAAUAUUGUCUUGAAGCAUAUCAGUAACAUUCAAGAUCUACUUGUGGAGAUACGAUACAAUGCCAAAGAGGAAGUUGCAUCAGACCUUUAUUACGUUCUCAAUGCAUGCAUUUAUAAAGUACAAAGAGAAAGUCUAAAUGUAAGUCUGGCAGGCAAGUUCAUGAACAUGGACAAUCAAGCAGAAAUUGAAUAUUUCCGUAAGACUUUUAGUGAGCAGGGUGAGUUUUCCCUGCAGGAGUUGAGACAGGGUCUCAAAGCAGCCAAAUUCAAUGACUUCUGUCGCCAGACUUUCCAGUUCCAGCAGUGUAGCUACAACUGUGAGAGAUGGGGUCGAUACUUCAUGGCUGCAGUGUUUUCGUCAUCCGUGUAUAACUUCAGGACCUUCUCGCUUUUUCUUAUGAGCGUGAUAGGUUGUGAAGUUGGUCGCUUGCGGGGUACUGACAGCCCCCUGUGUACAGCCUUUGUUGGACUUGACCACCCCAUGGAGACUGACCAACCUUGGCCAAAACAUCUGCGACGAGGAUUCUAUGGCGGUACUGUUGACAACUAUGAAAUGUCACCAAGAAAUACACAGAUUUGGUUGGAUCAGGUUGUUGAAAAGGAAAAUGCCCUGUACAUCAAAUCGAAACAGCUGAUGAAUGCCGUUGGACAUGACGAGCAAACAGAGCUAGAAAUCUUUGGGAGGGUUAAAGUCAUGAAUAGAUAUGUGUUCUCUUCUUAUCUUGAGUACUUUCGAGGUACACCAGAGGGAAAGAAACUCAAGAGAGGUUGUACUCCCUCUUUAAAUGAGAAUACACAUCCAUAAUGCUUGUGUAUUUGUUGGAUUAGUAUUCCUCUUUUGCAAAAAGGUUUGACACAGAUGUUGUUUCAGGCCAUAUUAUAGGAUACGGCCAUAUAGUGCAGCAUAAUCUAUCUAUCAGCUUCAGAUUUAUGGUUCUGCUUCAUAUCUGUUUAAAUAGCGUACUUCAUGAAAACAGUCACUUUUUCAUCUAAGCUACUUAAUGUAUAGACUUUAAGGAAUGCUUUUCUUAAACAUAAGUAAAUGAUUUAACAAUAUCAAAUUGCAGUUUUUGUUAUUUCUUUGUAUGUUUAUUACAUCAUUUUUCUUCAGGGGUUACAGGUCAGAAUAGAGAAUAUCGAAAUAUAAAUACAAAGAAAAUGCAGAAUUGCAGUGUAGAGCAUUACUUGUAGAAACAUACGGGACUACAAAGCACACAAUUUAAGCGGUUUCAUCACAUGAAUGCAUUGUCCGAAAUACUAACAUUUAGAAUGAAUCAAAAAGGUAUGUUUUUCAGAUAAUUAGUGUCAUAUAUCUAAUUACAAGUUUUCUUUGUUUUUAAUCAUUUCAAGGGCAUGUUUUCAUUUUCCAAACUUUUAAAAGUACUUGUGAAGUUGUUAAUACCAAAACAGAAGCAAGUUCAUACUCGUAAUGUUAGUUUGAAGGCACCAUAAAUCAAUAUUAUACACGGGGAAAAAAUGUGACAAAUAAGUAGACGUGAAUCUCACUGUGAAUGUUGCCCUCCCCCU